CUCAUGCAUCUCUUCAGUUACCUCUGAGCUUUGAAGGAGUUUUAAACCUCAUCUGAAAGAAGCUGUCUUCUCUAUUUUUGGGGAGAACUCCAAUCCAAAUCACCUCACAAAGAUGGGAAAGCUGCUGCUUGUUGUUGCUGUUGCCAUUGUGUCUUUUAUUGUUGCCGAGUCCCUGGUUUGCAACAAGUGCUCCUUUGGUCUGCUGGGAUACUGCAUGAAUGCAGCAAAUGAAACCUGCACAGGGAAUAACAAUACCUGCUAUACCUCUGUAUCAACCUUCCCAUCUCUCUCAAGCUUCAAGGGUUUCAACCAGCAAGGCUGUACGUCUAACUACACCUUCUGUGGCACAGUCUACGCUUCAACAUUCUUGGGAGUCGACUUCAACAGCUACUACUCCUGCUGCAAUGCCACAGACAGAUGCAACCCAGUGGUCAGCGCCGCCCCAUCCAGCAAAAUGGCUCUUUCUGCAGCCAUCGGUGCCUCCAUCCUGGCUUUCAUGUUGAGCAUGUGAUGACAUCACAACAACCAACUUUCCUUAUAAUCUUCUGAAGUCUGUCUUAAUCCAAAUGAAAGCUCUGUUGAAAUUGAAGGCAUGUGAUUUAAUAAACUUCAUCUUUGAUUAGAAUCAGAAAACACAACUUCAGGCAUCAUGGAAAUUCAGCAAUGACAUGUUUUAUUCAAGCAUCAAGCUCUUUCUGUGAUGUUUGUUUUGAUGCUUUAUAACUUUCAUGUUGUGAUCAAUAUAUGAAUAAACGACUUUGUCUCUGAGUAA